GUUUGUGUGUUGUCGGGAAGAUAAUUUGUAUUGUAGUAAAAAUACAAGUUCCUGAUGUUUAGAAUAGCUUUAAAACACUCAUAAAUUAUCAUGGCUUAUGUUAACGUGAAAGAUUGGUCUGUUGAUCAAGUUACGGACUGGCUCAAAGGAUUAGAUAAUGUAAUUCUUCAGUAUAACACAUCAUUUUUGAAUAAUGGUGUAACUGGCCAUCAGUUACUAAAUUUAAGGGCUGACGAUUUGGAACAUUUAGGUGUGAAAACGUUGGGACACCAAGAGAUUAUUUUGGAGGCAGUGGAACACUUGAGAAAUUUUCAUUUCGAACUAGACAAAGAAAACUUACAAAUGUUAGCAUUGCGGUUGUCAUGCGCUGCCAAUUCUUUAUUUAAAGAACUGUUAUUGGUAGACGAUGACUGUACUAUGGUACAAACACAAGUAAUGUCUGAUGUUCAUAAUAUAAUUACAACUAUAAAACCGUUGGUAUGCUGGCUCGACAGGUCCCCAUUUGCUGGUGAUAAAGAUUAUAUUGAUAAUAAAACCAAUUUGCUACAGUUAGCUUUUGAAAUGGCAACGAGCGCUCAUAGAGAUAUAUUUUCAGAGAAACCUGUUAGGACUAUAAGAAAGAUUUGCGAAAAAUUAGCAAAGAUGGCAGAUCACAUAAUUCAAGAAAUUAUGGAUCCAAUGAUCUUACAACCAGCUUCGUUAGAUUUGGCAACUUUAAAGAAGAAAGAACAAGAACUUGGAUUCUAUAUUCUGCCCAAUAAUCAUGCCAUUCAUCAAAUAGCUGACAUAAAGUAUGGCUCUCCAGCACACGGCAGUUCAAAGAUUGAAGAAGGGGAUGAAAUAGUACAAGUUAAUUAUCAAACAGUUGUCGGUUGGCAAAGAAAGAAAGUGAUGAUGUUACUUCAGGAUUCACCUCCAGAAAUAGUAUUGACUCUGAAAAAAAGACCGCGACAUACUAAAGUUUAUGGUCAGAUAUACAUGAAACCUUACCGUUUGCCGAGCAGGAAACACAGUAACCAAAAUUGGUCGACAAGGUGGAAUGACAACAUUCCAUCUCCUAGGUUGCUGCCCAUUUUAGAUUUACCUCCGAUUACAAUAUCCAAGGCUGAAGAGGUGACUGAAGUUGUUGAUGUGGAAACAGAGUUGAGUAGCAGUGACAGCGAACCACCUGACAGCCCGCUAGAUGUCGCACGUAGAAUGUAUACGUCGAAGCCUAGACCCAUUCUGCAGAGACGUAACACCAUAACAGGAGCUACACCUACAAGUAAAAGGCCUUAUCCUUCUAUCGAAGAAUAUUGGGAUCUGAUCAAGUCAAGAACGAAUAGCACUAAGUUUGAGGAGGACUCGAAAUUUCUUCGAGACAAAAGCGCUUCUUGCAAUGUGGGGCUAGAUCUCAGCCCGAGACCAACAACUGUUAUCGGACUCUCACAUAGGAACAGUCCCUCUCACAAGAAAAGUUUUAAAGAGAAAAGCAGCAAGAAAAAAGUAAAUUUUGAGGAAAAAACUGAUUUUGUUGACGAUAAGAAAGAUAAAGAGGAAAAGGAACAACAAAAAAUUAUUAUCGAGAAUUUGGAACCGUCGAAUUUAAAUGAAGAAAAAAGUAUUAGCGUUAACAGUUUGGCCAGUUUGAAUAAUGAGAAUAUCACUUUCAUCGAUGAAGGUAGAGAAUUAACUGAUAGAACCAGUAUGACUUUGGACUGGCAAAAGGAAAUUGUCGAGGAAAUUAUAGAUACAAUUAAAAUGAGGCCCAUUGAAGAAGCUGCCGUUUUAGGGAAUGUAGAGGAAACGAGAAAUACACAUAGUAAUUUAGUUAAGGACCCUAUUCUUGCCGAAAUUAACAUACACAAUAUUAUCAAGAAGUUUGAUGAACAAAGUCAAGAGAAAUGCGUUAAGCCAAAGGUUUUACCAAGGGCUCAAACUAAAAAGCCCCCCGAAGUUCCACAGAAGCCAGAAGGUAAAGUUAAGCCAGUCGUUCCUCCAAGAAGUGCCACAACGAAAUUAAGAGGUCGGUUGGAUAAGAGCCACAGCACUCCGGCGUAUGAUCUUACCGAGGACGAAAACGAGAAAAUAGAAACUUUGCCGGUUUUGGACAAAACCAAGCCCAUCGAAAAACCACCCGACAUCAUCCUUGAAGCGCCUAAAGCACCCGAAACAACUCUAUUCACAGAAGCUACUUUUGAAUUGGGUAUCCCGGUUGCCGAAGCUGUAAACUUGCCGCUAAUUGAGAGCAAACCAGAAGAAAUUGUCCUGCCCAAAAUAAUUGAGCCUUCAGAAGAAAUUGUGAACAAAGACGUUCCUCCAAAACCACCCCCAAGAAAUUUUAUCGAGAUUCCUAAGCCCGCUUAUCCUGCCGAUUCUCCGAAACCGACGAAUUUAGUGGAACUGACAAAAACCAGCACUACGAUAUCCUCGAAACCGAUAUUCGAAUUUCCCGAGCCUAAGAGAUCUGAGCACGUUAGGCAAAGCUCCAUACAUUCCAUUGAUCUGUCACAUCCGACAAGUAAACCCGUGGAACAACAAGUGAAAGCUGGCCAUGACGACAAGUUGCCCCCUAAGUAUUUCGAACCUAAGUUGGUGUCUACUCCGAUAAGCAAGAGUAAGUUGGAUUUCAAUGAAGCGGAUACAACAGCUUAUAAGGCUACGCCUAGUUACGAGAUACAGAAAAGUACCAGUGAUAAUAAAGUGUCUCCAACAAAUUCCAUAGUAAAGGCCAUGAUUUCAAGCAAAACGAAGUCGGCGAAGAAAAAGAACACCUUGACUGCAAAAAGAAGACGGGUUUCUGUAAAUGAAUUAAGUCCAGGGGAUAUACAAGGAUAUCUCUACCAAAGGCUUCGUGGCAAACACAAUCAAAACGUUCACUGGGAAAAAAGAUGGUUUGUGUUAUUAGGAAACUGUUUGUAUGGAUUUAAAACAAAGGAAGAUCCUAGAGCAGCUUGUUUGAUAUUCCUAUCCGGAUUUACUGUUGCUGUGGCUAGCGAGGUGAAAUCUAGAUCAAACGCUUUUAAAGUCUACCACACUGGCACCGUGUUCUACUUCUCUGCGGAAGAUCCCGAUGCUCUACAAUCAUGGAUCGACUUAAUAAGAACGGCAAUUCUCCACAAUGAAACUACAAAAUCGCAAGACGGAAGCCGUUAUUCCGAGACUGACGAAUCCGAUACGGAAAAACCUAAACCACCAACGGAAAAAACUGACUCCUUAAAAAAAUUUGGGUCUUUAAAAAAAUUUGGUUCAAAAAAGUCAACAGGGGAAACACCUCAUAGCGGGAGCACCAGUUUGGACAGGAAAUGGUUCUUCAAUAAAUCCAGCAGCCAGCCAAAACAUUCCCUGCCUGUACCCACAGCCCAGUUUAGAUCAUAUAGGAAGAUUCGCACCACCGAGAUACAAACUAGUGUUACUACGGGAAACUUUACCUCUCACGUUCCACUGUUUACUCCCCAGUCGCAAAAUAUCAGCGUACCGAAUUUAAGUAUCGAUCCCACAAAGACCGAUGGGAACUUUGGCAAAGGUAAAGCCAAGCCGCUCAACUAUAUCCAUGCCAGUAAUCCGAGUUUGUGCAAUAUUAAUGAAUUUAAUGUACCUAAUUUUUCAAAAAAUACAUUUAAACCAAACGAAAGUUUGGCAGGUUUUGUGACGCUGGAAGAACUGAUGAUAAGGCAAACGGAAGAAAGGAAAAUGAAUCCACACCAUAUUGUCGAGGAAGUCACCAAGAAUUUGCAUUUGAUAAAGCCUGAUGUCGUUUAUGGGGAAAUACCAAUUCGCUCGAAGAACUCUGAAGAUCAACCGGAAUCAUCAACAAAUAGCUCCAAGACUUCACAUACUCGAACUCCAUCUACGUCUGAUAAAAGCGAUUCCGGUAGUUCAUGUUUCGGAAAGCGUUUAGGUUCCUUAAAAAAGAUUCAUAAUAAAACAGACGACUUUGAAAACAAAACAGCAACGUAUCCUAAAACUACAAAAGGCUACGAUCAAAAAGUGAACAGGUCGCUACCGAGAACCCACAAAGUACAAGAAACUUAUACUCCAUUUGACGAAUAUAGUAACUCUACCCAUAACGCAUCUCAGUAUUCCUCGGAUAGGAAUUUACCAGGGACCUUCAAAGAACGUUCGUACGAGAUGAUUUACUGCCCCGAGACUAUUAACGAUGUUCAAUUUGCUCAGAAUAGAACUUUAGACGACAUUAUGUACCAAGAUACUCCAAAAAAAGCUAAUAAGAUCAAAAAGCAGCACAGUUUUUCUUCAGCGGAUAAGAAAACAAAGUCAAACUCCUUGUCGUUCAGUGGAAAAGUUCAAGAUUCCUCUUCUAGCAAGGUGAAGUUAAAAUCUGCCGUGCAGUACACUCCUAUGUCACUGCCGUUGAGUCAGGACCCUAAGUCAAAACCCAAAUUUGCAUUCGAGCUUAAUUUGGAUGAAAAGGCUCAGAAGACCGGAAAACUGAAGCAGAUGUUUGGAAAGUCGGAUAGUAAGAAGGAAAAAACGUUCCUAGGUUCCCCGAAGUUGCACAGGGCUAUUUUUAGAAAGCACAAUUCUGGAUCUGAUUUAAGUUGGCCCUCAGGCUCUACACAACCGGUUUCUAUCUCCCAGAGCACCUACUCAUUAGAAAAUUCGCCCCCAGUAAAUUCGGAGCCUUUUUCCAUGAACAUCAGCCCACAUACAGACUAUCCGGGUUUGGAAUACCCUCCGGUAUUUGAACCGGAAACUUAUUCCUUGGCUAAUCCGCAGAGCAGUCUCAGUCUGUUAAGGAAACAGGGGAAAAGUAACACCCCGUGAAUAGUUUUCCAUUUGUUUCCCUGUACAAUGAUGUCGGAUUUAACCAAGGAGGAAUAAUUAUUCGAUGGUGAAGUUAAAACCUUUUUAUGUGAUGAACGGGUAUGCAUAUAUCUAACUUGUUCUUAUCAAAUCGUUUCAACAGUUACAGAAGUCUUGAAUUGCAUACUUCCAUUAGAAGCCAUAUUUAUUAUUGUGAUUAAGAAUAUUACUACAGAGCUUUUAGAAUCUAUAUAAAUGAAAUAGUUAGCUGUGCAGUAACUGAUAACACCAACAUAUUGUGAUAAAUAUCAUGACAUUUGAUAUUUAUUGAUUUUUAAUUAAUAUAUGGAAAUAUUAUUGUAAAUAGAUUGAAUUUUACAUUAUUUAUUAUUAAGAUUCUAUGGAAAGUGAGGUAUGUCAGGUAUAUUAAUUUAAAAAAAUUUUAGAAUUUCUAUUUAAUUUUGACAAAAUAUUUCUGUUUUUUUUUGCUAACGACUGCAUUUUAUGAGAUAUUAAACUGCAAUCUCAACAAUUUUUCUUUUUGAAGAACAAAAUCUUAAUUUUGCGAUUACCUUGCUUUUACAUUUAAUUUUUUUUGUGAUGUUUGUUAAAAGUACAACCCGACGAGGUAACCACACUGCAAAAAAAUGUAAUGUAUUUAAGAAAUCCGACGAUUUGCCUGCAAUCACUAGAAUUGCCAGCGAUUGCUUUAAAUAGAUGGCUAAUAAUUUUUUUUAAUCAAAAUCCAAUUUUUGAUUCAUUUGUGAAUUCAAUUGAACGUAAAUUUCUAAUUAUAUUUCUUACUGUAUAUCCUGUAUCUAAAUUGUACUGGUUUCGAGAAAAUUUCAAUGUAAAUGGUUAAUAAUGUUCUACAGGUCAAUUUGAACAAACGUUGAAAUAAUUUCAUGCAUCAGUUUAACAAAUUUAUUAAUAAUGAGUUGCAGUAAUAAUAAAAUUUAUUAUUUUUCCUUUUACAACUGAGAUUUUCUCGAAAACAGUUCAGUUUAGACAGACACAUGAGGUGGUACAUGAAAUAUAAGAAAUGUACAUUAAAUUAAUAAAUGAAACAAAAAAUGGAGGUUUCCUUUUUCGUAAAUUAAGUUCGGCAUAUCUUUUUUGGGCCACCCUGUACACAUGCAGCUUAAUACAAAAAUCACCAACUACAAUAAAAAAUUGACAGGUAAGUGUGUUUAUUGGAGAAAAAAAUGUUUGCAUUUUAAAUUAAUUUAUUCCUACUCUUGACAUGCUCAU